AGAGUUCUCUUUCCAUCUGUGCAGCGGUCAUGACGAGACGAAAACGCCGCCACGUCCCUUAUCCAACACCACUACCGGACGGCGAUUCUCGGCGCCGUUUUCCACCACCCGAAGCCCAAUCCCAAACUCGUAUCCACCCAUCAGUCUUAAUCGAUGACGGGGAAGCUGCUCAGGAACGCGAGAUUGAAACCCUGCUCCUGGACAACCACCGUUUAGCAGGCGCGCACGUCGCUCUUAAGCAGGAACUGUCCGCCGUCCAGCAGGAGCUCCAUCAACUCUCUUCCACAGCCUCAACAGUCAAGGCUGAAAGGGAUGCUGAAGUGCGUGAGAUUUACGAGAAGGCACUGAAAAAGGAGUCUGAUGUCCGUAUAGUCAAUGAGCUUAGUUUAGAAAUGACUCGGGUUAGGACCGAUAUUCAGAACCUAGAUGCCGACCGCGAAGAGCUCACUGCCAAAUUGCAGGAGAUGGAGGAUGAUCUCGUCAAGGUUCGUUUGGAGUUACAGCAGUUUCCCCUAAUCAAAGACGAAAUUGAGGCCAUGCAUAAGGAAGUUCAACGAGGAAGGAAGGAGCAGGUACCCAGUGAAAUAGUUGAUGUGUGCGCAAUCUGGCUGGACACCACCAUCAGAAACAAAAUUGUGGCGAUCAUGCAUCAAAGUCGCACUUCUAUGAUGUUAAUGGACAUUGCAAUGGAAAAAGCUGCUAUCGACUAUGAAAAAAAGAUGCACACCAGCAAUCUCGAGUAUAGUCAAGCUAUGGAGAAGCAUAAGAUUGCUGUGACUUCUGAAAUUGAAAAACUAAAUGCUGAACUUGCAAAUGCAGAGAAGAGGGCAAGGGCAGCAGCAGCUGCAGCGGCUCCAAGUAAUUUAAACCACCAGUUUACUGCAGCAACCCAAAGUUUUACAUAUUCUGCCACUUAUGGAAAUCCUGAACCAGCAUAUGGAAGGAAUCUGUACCCUGCUACUUAUGCUGUACAUCAGGUUCAGGGAAGUGCUGAUGCAAGCACCCAAUAUGUUCCAGGAGCCAUGUCUUAUGCUUCACAACCCUAUGCAGAUCACUAGUUUGUGGUUUUAAACUGAAGAGCAUCUACUGGUUCACAAGCAGAUGUAAAUGUGUGACUUGGGGAUUUUUUUUAGAUUUGAGGAGAACAGUGGUUUCUUGAUGAAGCCCUGGUCAAAUGAUUAUUCUUGGUGCAUGAAUGUUGAUCAGAAUGCAACAUUCGUCGUGAGUGUAGUCUCAGAAUUUAGAUAAUGACAGCUCUGGUUCAAAUCUCUUUUCCUUAUUUUGGCUAGUAAAUUAGCCAGGUGUGAGAUAUAAAUCCUUUUGUCCCUGUAAAUUAAUUUCAGCCA